CAGCCUGCCCCGCCGGCGAAUCCACCGAUCUUUCCUACUGGCCCCCUCCGGAUGCCGGCGAUGAGCGGCGGGCUUCCGGGUUUCCACAAUGCGCCGGUGUCGAGAGCCGUGGUCGUCGCUGCCGUGCUCUUCUCCGUCCCCUUCGGCUUCCGCGGCCGCUUCCUCGACCUUGGCCUGUCCUACCAGAGUAUUUACGAAAAUCUGAGGAUAUGGAGGGCGAUUGCCUCGCAGUUUGCUUUCUCGUCCACGCCUGAGCUGAUCUUUGGAGUGGCUUUGCUGUACUACUUUAGGGUGUUCGAGCGGCAAAUAGGCUCGAACAAGUAUGCAGUAUUCAUCGCAUUCUCCAUGACCGUGUCCGUACUGCUUCAGAUCCUAGCUUUAGGUUACCUGCAAGAUCCAUCUUUCAACCCAUUGACAUCUGGACCAUAUGGUCUCAUAUUUGCAUCUUUUGUACCCUUCUUCUUUGACAUUCCCAUCUCAACAAAGUUUCGCAUAUUUGGGCUGCGUUUAUGUGACAAGUCAUUCAUAUAUUUGGCAGGACUCCAGCUUCUUUUCUCAUCUGGAAGACGUUCUGUUAUACCUGGACUGUCUGGUAUACUGGCUGGGCUUUUGUACCGUCUAAACAUAUUUGGUAUUCGCAGGCUGAAGGUCCCAGAUUGUGCAACUUCAAUCUUCUCCCGGUUAUCAUGGCCAUGGCCUAACAUCUCUUAUCAAAGAUUACCAAUUUCAAGCACUGAUGAAAAUAUUCCUCGUCGCCAAGCUCGUCAGAUGGAGGACGCGCGCACAACUACCCUGGAUCCUAUGGAGUCCUCAAUCGCCACGCUAGUUUCCAUGGGUUUUGAUCGUGCUUCUUCAGUUCAGGCUCUUGCACUGACAAAUAAUGAUGUCAAUUUGGCCUCAAACAUCCUGCUCGAAGCACAAUGAGCAAUGGCGUAGAAAUCAUUUCAUGUAGCUGAAGAUUGAUGCUUUGUAAAUGAUGAAAGAAUGUUAAGCGGUUCUUCUGGUCCAGAGUAUUUUGAGGAUUUGUUAAGGCAACUAAACUCCAUGGUAUAACAUAGAAGUUAGAUAGUUGAAAGAAAUACGCUUAGGAACUUUAUGCCAGAAUGUGCUUUUGUCCUUGUAUGAAAAUGAUAUCUAGAAAUAUGCGUGGGUACUUUGUGCAAGACUGCUGCUGGAUGUAAUUUCCUUUGGUCUGAAAGGAGAAGAGGUCUGAAAUUAUGAAUCUAGAAGUUUCGCCAA